AUGGAUACUCUCAAGCAAGCUGGCAACUUUGUCUCUGACAAGGUCAACAGUGCCACCGCUGGCACUGCUAAGGAGGCCAACAAGAAUGUGGCUAGCGACAGCAACCAAUCGAUCGGUACCCGUGCCCAAGCCGGUGUUGAUGCCGUGAAGAACAAGGCCACUGAGACCAAGCACGACACCAGUGCCGAGGCCAAUAAGCAGGCUGCUACGCACUAA